GGCCGUGGUUUUCCUGAGUCUGCGCACAUUGACAUUUCGCCGUUUUUAUCUCUUGGCGUCGCUUCGGUCGCAGCGUGGUGAUAAUGGGAAGCAAGAAAAGGCGCGCGUGAGUUGCGCUUCCACGAGUCCGCUAUGCGUUUAUAAGUGAGCGCUGAACGUUUUACCCUUAAGUCUGUUUUUCCUUUGGCGAGCGCGGUUCACCUUCACGCUGGGGCCAUGGCUCUACACACGCUGUCGCUCCCAUACGACGCUGCUCAGUCCUGGCUUCCCCCCCAAGACGUGCGCUCCGAAGGCUGGCCACUCACCGGAAGCCCACUGCCGGUAGCCUUCAUCACGGCUUUCUAUGUCUACUUCGUCAAGGUGUUGGGCCCACGCUGGAUGUCACACCGCAAGCCUUUUGACCUGAAGCACUGCAUCCUCGCCUACAACCUUCUGACCACGCUCUGCAGUGCCUUCUUCGUCGUGCGCUUUGCCAAGCUCGCGUACUGGGACCUGGGCUACACCUUUCUGCAGGAACUGGACCUGGGCGUCACCCCUGCCAACCUCGAGAUCGUGAGCCUCUCCUGGUGGCUGUACAUGUUCAAGCUGGGCGAACUGGCCGACACCGUGUUCUUCGUGCUCCGCAAGAAGAACGACCAGGUCAGCAAUCUGCACGUCGUUCACCACUUGAUCGUCUCGUGGAACAUGUGGCUGGCGGUGACGUACGGUGCGCAGUACCACAGCAUGUUCGUCAUUUGCCUCAACUCGUUCGUGCACGUCUUCAUGUACGCCUACUACUUCCUGGCCGCGCUCGGUCCGUCCUUCCGUCGCUUUCUGUGGUGGAAGAGGUACUUGACCCUCAUGCAGAUCGUGCAGUUCGUCCUCCUCUUCGCGCACGCCAUCGGCACCGUGCUCGCCACCGGCAAUUACGUGCGUCUCUUCACCUGGCUCGAAAUGGCGGAGGCCGUGCUGUUCUUCGCGUGGUUCGUCUCCUUCUACGCCAACGCGUACGCCAAGAACAAGAAGCCGUGAGCCCCAGCAGCGGACUCCAGCCAACUGGAAUGCAUUGAGCGUUCGUUGGCACUGCUGCGAUGUCCGGGCAUGUCUUAAGUGGAAUGACAAGAGACUGUAAGCUUGCGGUUCCUUUCUUUGCGGAACGAACCUUAUAGCUUUGCCGCGGUACUUGCAGUUUAACUUUUCUUGAAACGAGUGGAAGACAUUCUGCGUACGUCGCUAAUACGUAGUUUUCUUUAACUCCUCGCUUUUACGGGUUCUCCCUUUUAAGCCCAUUUUCUUCUUCAUUUGUACGCGCCGCUGAGUAAUGUCAUUAUUUCUCCGGCCAGUGUGACCUGCUUUGCCCGCGUUCUUCGACUUCCUCGAAAACAAUGUUUUCCUUUUCAUCCUUCAGAAGACGCAGCAAAUGGCAUCCAUACUCUUUUAAAGUGUCAACAUUCAUGCACUUGUUCUGCUGUAGGACGAAAGACCAGGCUUUCAUAUUCUUUGGUGCGGACACACUUGGCAAUCUUCCUCGAAAACAUGAAUCGCCGAUAUAUCGCGAUACGUCUCGCCACUUAAAAACAAUGAAAAUGACGUUCCUGCGAUUUGUUCAACUGAAGAAUGCUGUAAUUUCUUAGCCAUUUCACGUUUUCUCGAAGAUUUCAUUGAAAUGGAAGUAGCGUCCCGUUAACUUGUUGCUUUAUCCUGGGUUCUUUAUGCACCUGCUGCACACAGGGUUCGUGGAAAUUUUGCGGCGGCGCCCUACUGAGAAAUUUCUUGUGUUGGCGUUCAGGGCGAGCCUAUGCAGAAUCGGAGAUCACCGCACUAAGUUUAAGACAAAGGAAGCCCCUAAUUUGGGCCCCAAUAUUCCCCCUGAAGUGUAGGUGAAAAACGUUGAUUUGUCAAGUGUGUCUGUUCCGAGUUCAAGCCUCCUUCAUGUUUUCCAGAAAGCCCAUUUUGCUUUUUAUGUUGUGCUUUUCGCCUACUUUAUGCAGAACGCUUCACCCAUUUGGGUACAUUGUUCAUGAGAACGAAGUUUGUGCCAAACACGUGGCGCCUUGUUUUUUUUUUUUUUUGCAUGCAUGUGACAACCCACUUUUACGAAAAUUAAAAGGCAUAAACUUAUCGUUCCGA